AUGUUUGGAUUUCCAUUUUCUGGCCCUUUUGGAGCUUUUCCUCAAUUCAUGGACGAAGAAAUGGAUUAAGAUUUUUAUGAGCAAUUUCCUUAGUAAGAAGAUGUAGAUAAUAAAGAACUCUAUGAAAUAUUAGAAAUUCCCCCUUAAUCAGAUAUAGCUACUGUUAAAUAGGCUUAUAAGACUUUAGCCAAGAAAUACCAUCCAGAUAGACCUGGAGGUAACUAGCAAAAAUUCUAAUUAAUCUAAAAGGCAAAUGAGGUCCUUUCUGACCCUGAAAAAAAAAAGAUUUAUGAUAAAUAGGGAAAACAGGGAUUGUUAAGAAAAUUGAAUGUCAAGAAUUAAUAAUUUAAAAAAUGCGAUCCUUUUAAACUAGAGCAUAAGAUUACAUUGAAGGAUGUUUAUCAAGGGGCAUAUCAUAAAAAAACAUUAACUAACGUCUAGAGAACAUGUGAAAGUUGUCAAGGUUAAGGAGGAUAAUAACCUAGCAAUUGCAAAUCAUGCAAAGGAUAAAAAAUUGUAUAAAUGCUUGUCUAAGUUUAACCUGGAUUGAAUGUAGUAUAAUAAGCUCCUUGUCCAGAUUGCAAAGGAAAAGGGUAGAUCUUUUUAAAAGAAAAUGAAUGUAAAUAAUGUAAAGGGGCAGGAAGAAUAGAUGGAGAAGUAGAAAUUGAAAUUCCUAUAGAGAAAGGUGUUCCAGACGAAUAUUGUGUUAAAUUAUAUGGCAAAGGAAACUAGAAACCUGGAUAUGAGAAUGGAGAUGUUUAUGUUUAUUUGCAAAUUGAGCAACAUCCAUAGUAUAUAAGAAAGGGAACAGAUCUAUUCUAUUAGAAAACAAUCUCACUUAAGGAAUCUCUGACAGGGUUAAAUUUAGAAUUAGAAACCUUGGAUGAUAAAAUAAUAAAUGUGACAACAAAUUAGAUCAUAAAGCCGAACUCAAUAAUGACAGUAAAGGAGAAAGGAUUACCAACUUUUAAGGAUGAACUUCAUUUUGGAGAUUUACAUAUUUAGUUUAAUAUAGAAUUCCCUACAUAGUUAAAUUAAAACAUAAAAAAUCAAAUAGUCGAGAUAUUGCCAGGACCUAAUAGUACAAUGAAAAAUGGAAAUACUUAUAAAUUGGAGGAAUUUCAAUUGGGAGAAUUUGAAAAACAUUUAGCUAAAUAGGAAGAAAAUGAAGAGGACGAUCCAAAUCAAAUAGGAGUUGAAUGCUCAAUAUUUUGA